AUGCACAGUGGACGGCAGCAUGCUGAUGAGGGACGCGAUCCAGCGGUCUCGUUGCUGCAUCGGACUCUCCAGGACCCCGAUCUUGUGCUGAAGAGAGUGGGCUGCCAACCAGAACUGGCGAAGGGCCAGGCUGCUCCUGUCCUUGACGAGCUUGAGUUCCCGGGGGACCUCCUUCUCGCCGCCAGCAGGCAAGUUGGGAAGGCGGGGAAGCUCACGCUGUGGCUGCUCCUCCUCCCCACCAACUUCGCCGCAGACAUCACUUGGAGCGUCGCUCUCAUCUGA